CAGAGUCUGGUUCAUGGUUGGGAUGGUUUGAUCCGCCUUCUGUUGGUCUGUAAAAUGCAACAGCUGAUGCUUGGUCAUCUGUGUGUGAUCUCUCUGUCCUGUCACCAUGUAGUCACUUGCAGACUGCAGAGCUCCCUCAUGGCAUCCUCCUGAGCGUCCAUCCACAGAUCCUCCUCAUCCUCCGCUCCACUCGGAUCCGAACGCGCCUUUUUAUUUUUUUUAUUUUUUUAUUAUUUUACCUAUCCUCCAUGCGCUUUUUUUCUCACCAUGUUACAAAUCGGAGAUGAGCUGAUGUAUUUCUCGUCCGUGUUCCUGCUGGUGAUGCUGGGGACCAGGAGCGCCACGGGGGCCUCUGUGUUCACCCUGUUCCUCUACGUCUUCAUGAUGAUGUUCCGCUUCCCUCCGGUGCCGGCGGACCAGGCCAGCCGGGUGCUGCGGCCCAGGGAUUCUUUCGGCGGCGUUCCGGUGGUGGCGCACCGCGGAGGGAGUCACGACGCACCGGAGAACACACUGGCAGCGAUCAGAGAGGCCAGCAGAAACGGGGCUACAGGAGUGGAGCUGGACUUGAGUUUCACAGUUGAUGGAGUGCCUGUACUGAUGCAUGAUGAGACCGUGGACCGCACCACCAAUGGCUCAGGGCCAGUCAGCAAACUGCAGUUCGUGCAGUUAAGAAGACUAGAUGCUGCUGCACGCCACAGACUGAAAGACAAGUUCAGUGCAGAGAAAGUCCCAACUCUGCAGGAGGCGGUGGAGGAAUGCAUCAGGCACCAACUGACCAUUUUCUUUGAUGUUAAAGAUCAACCCGAUAAGGCUGCAUCAGCACUCCAUGCUUUGUAUAAAAAGUUUCCGGGCCUUUACAAUUCCAGCAUCGUUUCAUCGUUUGAACCUAAAGUCAUUUACAAGAUGCGUCAGACGGACCCCAAAGUGGUCACAGCUCUCACCCACCGACCUUGGAGACUGAGUCGUUAUGAGGAUGGUACCCCUAGGACCCUGUCUGCCCUGGGUCAGCUGUGGUCUGCUGCUCUGGACGUUUUGCUGGACUGGGCCCACCACCACCUCCUGUGGAAGCUCUGUGGGAUCUCUGCCAUCCUUGUACAGAAAGACUUCAUCUCAUUGGACUAUGUACAGUACUGGGCAGAGCGAGGGGUGGAGGUGGUGGGCUGGACUGUGAACACCGCUGUGGAGAAGGACUACUACCAAAACCUGCUGAAGAUCGGUUACAUUACUGACAGUCUGCUGGAAGACUGCGACCCUCGCUAUUGAAUGUUUCACAAAACAUACAGAAAAGAUUAUUUAAAACAAAAACUUGUAAAAGAAAACGCAUCAGAAGCUGGAAAUUCUGCAUAAACCUGCCUAAACCAGUUUCUUUUGUCCUUUUAGAGAAAUUACUUGAUAGAUAAUAGCUCUAGACUUUAACUUCAUGAGGAAAGAAUUUAGACAAUGGGUGCUAACUAGCUGUGUAGUUGCAAACAACCUAAGCUUCAUAGAAAUACUAACAUGACUUAGUGAUUAGAACAUAGUUACCUGUAGCUGGAUUACAGGUAAUUUUACAAUAAAUCUAGACACAAUAAAUAAUGAAUGCUGAAUACUUGUUCUUAUUCUGUUAACAGCAGCAAUACCUCCAACUCUCCAGGACUACACUACUUUGGGGAUCUUUUCUACCUACUGAGGCUUUUGAGCCCCUUUAAAAAAGACACCAGUAUAGAAAACAGUA